UCAUAGCCGUUGCAGGUACCUGUGUCUCAUCUUCCAUCAACAGCCGGAGUCCAGUUAUGUCUAAUAUCAGGUCUGUUGUGAACAGCUCUGCAAUAAUUCGUCCUCCAGGUUUUUAUAUCAUCGGAUUUCAGUCGUUUCCCUUCAUCAGCGUCUACUUUAUAUUUCUAGCCUUUGUUUAUGUAGUUACAGUUCUGUUCAAUGGUUCCUUGGUUUAUAUAAUCACAUUUUCACGUUGUUUACACACUCCAAAAUUUGUGGCUGUGGUCAAUCUCGCAGUUGUUGACAUCAUCCUCAACUCUGCCUCUAUUCCUGGUAUGAUGAAAAUUUUCCUCUUUAAGGACAACUUCAUUCCAUUUGACUCCUGUCUUGCACAAAUGUACAUUUUCUUUGCUUUUGCGACCUUGGAGUCACAUUCUCUUGCUAUUCUUGCCUAUGACAGGUUGGUGGCGAUAUGUUUCCCUCUGCGUCAGAGCUCGAUCAACACGCUGCGCAGCAUGUCUUACAUCGUCAGCUUGACUUCAUGUUUUGCUCUGGGCAUCAGUGCGUUUGCAGUGGGAAUAAUGACCAGGCUGAGCUUCUGCAGCUCUCUCAGUGUGUUCAGUUACUUCUGUGACUAUGCUCCUGUGUUUCGACUGGCCUGUAAUGAUAACACGCUGCAGUGGGCUGUGGCCACUUUUCUGACAUUCUCGCUUCUUGGAGCACCAUUUGCUUUCAUCUGUCUGUCCUACGUCAGCAUCCUGGUCACUGUGUUCAGGAUGAAGUCUAUCGAAAGUCGAGUGAAAGCUUUGGCUACUUGCGUUGAGCAUCUGAUCCUUGUUGCUAUAUUCUACAUUCCUCUUAUUACCAUUUUUACUGUUGGCUUUUACCUGCGACUCAUCGACCCAGACCAACGGGUGCUCAGCCUGUCUCUGGCCUCAUGUUUACCACCCUGUGUCAAUCCCAUUGUAUAUUCACUGAAAACCAAGGAGAUAAAAACUAGAGCUCUGGCUCUUGUGAGAAGAACUUUAAUCCAGCACAGAACAAAGUAAGAAAUCAUGUAUUAAGAGAGGUUUAGGCAUCAUUAUGUGGUUAGAGUGUAAAGUAGAGAAUCAGUUUUGAGCAUCAGUGUCCAAACAUUUUUAAGGUUUAUGCCCUACUGUUUUAGAAACUAUAACAGU